CGGUUACUUCCACGGUGAGACAUGGCGGAGUUUGUAGUCAGUUUUUACAGUUUUCAAAAUGCUUAAAGAGCUACAAUUCCGGCUGACUUUCCCCCCGUAAUACACCAGGGGCCAGUUUGAAGUAGCGGGGAGUUGUUUUUUAUUUAUUUUUUUCCCUCGAGAAGGACGGAGCGGCGGGCAUCGGACUGGGAGAAAAAGAAAAUGUGUUGUCAUCUUUGCUCAGUCAACAGCCUCAGGCAACAAAUAUGGCUUCUACUUGUGUAUCCUUCUUUUCGGGUUGAAAACCGUCCCGACUGGGCUAUACGGAGCAGUUUUCAGCGGCUUGUUUGAACACGGAGAGAGACUUCGGGCUGGGAGAAGGAGGAGUAGGAGGAGGGGAAGAUGGAGCUCCAGCAUAAAGAGUUGUUGGAGAAAUGCUACCAGAACUUGGUGGAGUCCAUAACGGACGCGGACCGAGUUGUGGACGUCCUGGCUCACCGUGGGGCCCUGAGUCAGCCGGAGCUGCUGGAGUUGGGACACCAAUGCGUCUCCGGCUCCGAGAAAGUGGACCUUCUUCUAAAGAUCCUGAUGAGCAAGGACAGGGACUGCUUCGCGGAGCUUUGCGAGGCUCUGGAGGCGACGCACCCUCACCUGAACCCCCUGCUGCUGGACGGCGUUGGCCCAGUGGAUCACACCACCGGGUCCACUUACAGCGUUUUGUCCACAAUGCCAUCAGACUCGGAGAGCAGCAGCUCGCUCAGCAGCUUGGGUGAGCGUGGCAGCCCUGGUACCUCUGGUCAAGCCUCCUCCCCUCUUCCUGGCCACGUCGAUGUGCAUCAGGCAAAUGAGAAGAUGGAGACGGUGCUGUUACAGCUUCGACAAGUGACUCGUGAGAGGGAUGAACUGCUCAGACGUGUGGCCUUACCUUCUGGAAAUGCUUUUGAGGAAUGCAGACUAAACUCAAGAUCAGGUCAUGACUAUGAGCGUCUAAAGCUGCAGUGCAUGAAGGCAAUGGCGGACCUGCAGUCCCUGCAGAACCAGCACAGCACAACCCUGAAGAGGUGCGAGGAGGCUGUAAAAAAAGCUGACUUUUAUCGACGUCUAGCGAGUGACCACAACCAGCUAAAGGAAGAACUAGAGGCUGUGAGGCAACACAACAUCCAGCUGGUCAGAGAGCACAAUCAUGUGAAGCAGACCUGCGAGGAGCUCAGGAGGCUGCAUGAUGAAGAUGAGAGGGAGCUGGCUGAUAUGAAGAUGCUGCAUCAGCAGGUAAUGAGAGAAGGAUCAUCUGAUGUCUUAAACAAGCUUUAUGAAGCAGCUGUGGACAAACUGGAUGCAAUGAAGAGUGACUAUGAGGCUCUGAGGAAGCGUUACAAUGAGAAGAUAGCGAGUCACAAUGCUGAGUUGAGCCGUUUGGACCAAUUAGAGGAGGAGAAUCACAGACUGCAAAAGACCCUGGAUAUAUUGUCGAAACAGAGAGAUGCUGCCAUCCACUAUCAGCAGCAGUUCUCAACGUCUGUUCAAAGGUUUGACAACACUCAACAUGAGCUUUCCAAAGCCACAGUCCAGAACUUGGAGCUCCAGCGAGAGCUUGAGCGGCUGCAGUCAGAGGCGACCCGACUUAAGACCCAGCAGUUAAAGGCUGUGAAGGACUGCGAGAAGUACAAGGAGGAGCGAGACUCUGUGAUCAGCGAGUACCGCCUGAUCAUGAGCGAGAGGGACCAGGUGAUCAAAGAGGUGGACAGGCUCCAGACGGGGCUGGAGGUGGCCGAGGCAAAGCUUAUGAACAAUUCCUCAGAGAGGCGGGUGGCCACCGAGGAGCUGGAGGCUUUACAACAAGAGUUGGCUUCAGCACUGGUGGACCGGGACCGAGCUAUCUGUGAAAAGAACGAGCUGCUGGAGAAAUACUGCCAUGAGGUAAAGGACAAGGCUGAGGCUCAGAAGGAGCUAAACCAGGCCUGCAAAGACAUUGAGAUGGUGCGUGAGGAAAGAGAUGUGGCCCGCAAGGAGAGAACAGAAGCCAUCAUCCAAAGGGACCAGCUGCUACGAGAGUAUUACCAGGCCAGACAGAAACAGGAUUCUGCUACUCUGGAUAUGGAGCGAGCAAACAAAGAGAUCGAGAUUCUCAGGAAGCAGUAUGAGGCCAUUUCCCAAGAGCUCAAAGAGGCUCUUCAAGAGGCAGAGGUUGCUAAGUGUCGACGGGACUGGGCCUUUCAGGAGAGGGACAAGAUUGUGGCAGAGAGGGAGAGCAUUCGCACGUUAUGUGACAACCUUAGGCGAGAGAGAGAUCGGGCUGUAAGCGAUUUGGCUGAUGCGCUGAGGAAUUUGGAUGAUACAAGGAAGCAGAAGAACGAUGCUGUGCGAGACCUCAAAGAGCUAAAAGAAAAGUUGGAUGACCAGUUGGAGACAGAAGCCAGAUAUCGGCAGCUGAUGGCUCAUAGUUCACAUGAUUCAGCCAUAGACACAGACUCAAUAGAGUGGGAAACGGAGGUUGUAGAACUGGAAAAACACAGAGAUAUGGAUUUGAAAGCACUUGGUUUUGAUAUUACGGAGUGUGUAAAUGAUCCAUAUUUGCCAGGAGAUUGUGGGAUAUUUGUUUCCAAAGUGGACAAAGGAAGUAUUGCAGAAGGAAGAUUGAGGGUAAACGACUGGUUGUUAAAGAUUAAUGACGUGGAUCUGACCAAUAAAGACAGAAAACAGGUGCUUAAGGCUGUGUUGAGUAGGGAGGGAGUGAUCAAUAUGGUGGUUCGAAGAAGGAAGUCACUUGGAGGACGGGUCGUCACUUCAAUCCAGAUUAACCUGGCUGGACACAAAGACUGUGGAAUCGGUUUGGAGAGCGGAGUGUUUGUUGCCACUUUGGCUGCAGGAAGUCCUGCUGCCAGAGACUGUAAUCUUGCUGUUGGUGACAGACUGUUGGCUAUCAAUGGAAAUGAACUUCAUGACAAGUCCCUUUCUGAAUGCGAGUCACUGCUGAGGACUGGUGGCAGCUCUCUAACUAUCUCUCUUAUGAAGUUCUUUUCACAGAGCUCCUCUGGACAGAAUUUAUUUGAAGCUUUGAGAGACUCUGAAAAGACGUUGCGCCUCCAAUCCAGCGAGCUUCACCCCAGGGGCUGCAGAAACUCAAAGCACAAUUGCUCAACUCAAACUGACAUUUGCAGCUGCAAGUCAGGCAGCAGGGAGGAGGAAGUAUGUAACGAUGCAUGCGAUUCACUGGAAAACAGCAGCAGCUGCACUCGUUCCCAUCACAAAUCCUUUUCUAACUGCUCCCAGGACUCCUGCUCACCUUCCAUCUCCCACAGUCUGUCAGAGCCUUAUCCAGUGCACAGCUACCAGAGGCAAGACCUCGAUUCUCGCUCCCCUACUUUUACCCCUUUGGUCUCGAACUGCAAUCCUGCGCAGCCAUGUGCAGACAGAGGGCAAAGCCCUACAGUUAAGGCCGGUGGAGGAACAUGGCCUAAAGUCAUAGCUGGAGCUUCUGUCACUGAAUGCACUCAGCUUUCCAUCUUCAAAAAACCCAAACAGAGGAAGUCUAUAUUUGACGUAAAUGCUUUCAGGAGGCCAGAGACGGCUCCUAAACUGGACUACAUGUCUCUGUCUCAAAUGUCCAAGCAUUCACCACAGAGUUCAGUGUCUGAAGCCCCUCAGACACCCCCCACACCACCCACCAGGAGUGACUCGUUUAGAUUUAAGCAUCGCCAACAGAAUAGCUCUGCGUCUGACUGCACCAUCACCACGAACACGCCGCCGGCUUCCCUGGCCCUCGCUGUAAGUCCUCAGGAUGAGGGGUUUGUAGGGAGCCAGGAAUAUUACACCAACAUUCCUUCAGGAAAAAAACAAAAGAACCUCCAGAAACCCACAGAGGAGGAAGAGAGCCGAGGCAGGACUGACAUGCAGGGAAAACGGAGAUACCGACCCAAAUCAGCACCAGCUCUCAGACGCAACGUGACUCCGUUACACAUUCCUGUUCCCAUGCAGACUCAGUCGUUUUCUAAUGAUGAACACUCCCCUGAGCCGGUGGAUUUAUUGCGCUUCUCUCCUUUGAGAUCUAAUCGGUACAUGGUGCCAUUUGCCCCGCAGAGCCGUGGUAGCUUCGUGCCACACCAGCCACAGCGACGUGCAGCACCAUGUCCUGCAAUGACUGCUGUCAUGAGGAACCCAGUUUACACAGCAUGGAGCCAUGAGAUCCAGAACUGUCCUCCCGUUCCUAGUUCAGGCCUUGAUCAACAUACUCAAAGCCCCCAGCAUCAGGGUCUUCUCAGUUUGGACUUUGGCCACAAGCGCAAUGGACACUUGAGUGAGACGACCUACAGCCAACCACAACACAGCACCAAGUCUUUGCCCUCUGGAGCCAGGCUGAGCUCCUCUGGUACUUUACAGUAUAGAGCAGAACGUAUAAAAAUCCCUCUGGCCCAUUACUCUCGCUCUACUGGUUCAGACAAAGGCUCUCUUUCACAUUCAGAGUGUAGCAGCCCAACGCCCCCGAUGUCUCCUGUUAACCUGGAAACAUCCUCUUUCUCCAGCAGCCAAUCGCAGAGCUCGGUUUCUUCCCAUCCUAGGAUAUCAGUCAGCCCUGCUCCUGUUGGUGACAGGAGGAAGGAUGGACCAUUUUUAGGUGAGCCACGCAAUGUGACGGUACAAAAAGGAGCAGAACCACUUGGGAUCUCUAUUGUAAGUGGAGAGAACGGAGGAGUGUUUGUCUCCAAAGUAACACUGGGGAGUAUCGCUCACCAGGCACAUUUAGAGUAUGGAGACCAGCUGCUGGAGUUUAACGGAAUCAACCUUCGCAACGCCAAUGAACAGCAGGCCCGGCUGGUGAUUGGACAACAGUGUGACGUGGUUACCAUUUUGGCACAAUAUAAUCCUCACAUGUUUCAGUUGGGGAAUAACUCCAGAUCAAGUUCUCAGAUGGAGUCCAUCAGCACUCAUCUAUCUCCUGGCAUAGCUACAGUCCCAGACAAUCACGCCAUCAUCGACCCACUGAGCGAACAGGACGACGGCACAAUGACUCCUCCAUCUAGGCAGACAACUCCUGCAACAAGUCCUCAUAACUCUUUUAGAGUUCCAGGCUCGCUUUUACUGCGAGCUGCAGAGCCUCGCCUGGUAAGGCUGAAGAGGAUUGAUGCAGAGCUGGGGUUGCAGAUCUGUGGGGGAAACAUUUGUGGUAUCUUUUUGGAGAUGCUGGAUGAUGAAAGCCCAUUAAAGGGUCCUGAUGGUCUGCUACCUGGAGACCUAAUACUGGAGUACAAUGGGAUCAGCAUGAAGAAUAAAACUAAAGAAGAUGCUUACCUGGAAAUGUUGAAACCAACUGAAACGGUCAUGUUCAAGGUCCAGAACUGUGUGGACAGCCUGGCUGACAUCAAAGCAUCACAAGGAGACGGAUUUUUCAUUAGAGCACUUUAUGAACGGGUUGCAGAAGCAGAGCAGGAGCUGAGCUUUAAAAAGGAUGACAUCCUAUAUGUUGAAGACACGCUACCAAAUGGUAACUUUGGCUACUGGAUGGCCUGGCAGCUCGAUGAAAAUGCACAGCGACUGGGGAAAGGACAGAUCCCAAGCAAAUACAUGAUGGAUCAGGAGUUUUACAGAAGACAUGGAAUGGCUGAUAUGAAAGAUGAGAAUGGAACUAGUAAGUCCAUGUCUGCUGCUGCUCGGAGGUCCUUCUUCCGUCGGAGGCUGAAGAACAAACGUAACGGCUCUAAGGAUGGGAAGGAACUGAUGGCUCUUGACAACUUAAGCACAGAUUCUCUACCCAUCCCAGAAGAUGGAGGGAACCUAAUGUACCAACGGGUUCAGAAGGUGGAUUGCUCGUCUCCCAGACCUGUGCUGAUUUUAGGUCCAUUAGUAGAGGCGUGCAAAGACCUACUUGUAACAGAGGCUCCUGCUAACUUCUGCCGCUGCCUGCCUGAAAUCAUGAAGGCAUCACAGCAGGCAAUAGAGAGAGGAGUAAAGGAUUGUGUGUUCAUCGAUUACAAACGGAGGAGCGGCCAUUUUGAUGUGACAACUGUUGCAUCAAUAAAGGAGAUCAUAGAGAAGGACUGUCACUGCUUACUUGACAUUGCUCCUUACGCCAUCGAACGUCUUCACAGCGUUCACAUCUACCCAAUCGUCAUAUUCAUUCGCUACAAAAACGCAAAGCAAAUAAAGGAGCAGAAGGAUCCUCUCUACCUGCGGGAUAAACUCUCACAGAAACAUUCCAAGGAGCAAUUUGAAGCAGCACAGAAAAUGGAGCAGGAGUACAGCCGGUUCUUCACAGGAGUUGUCCAAGGAGGCAGUGUUUCCUCCAUCUGCACUCAGAUUCUGACCAUCGUGGAGCACGAGCAGAACAAAGUCCUCUGGAUUCCAGAUCGCGCACCAUAGAGAUUACAUCUAGAUCUCACAUUUAUGUAGCAUUUGUUUAACAGAAGGUACACUAUAAACAUCCGUUAGGGUUCACAGCUUACUUGCUUUUAAAAACAUCAAGAUUGAUGAUGGUAAAAAAAAAAAAAUGCAAUAUUCCCACUACAUUAGUGAUGUACUGUGCAGCAAAUAGAUUUGUUUACAGUAGUAUUUGAUACUUGAAUGUUCUGUCCUUCCUCUGUUCUGGUAGCACUCCUGAUUUCUUAUUCUGACCAUAAAUAUUUUGGACCAGAGUGAGGAAGGUAUUCCUGAAGUGAUAGACUAGACUGUAAUGUUCAUUUCCUUCUCUGUAUUUAUAUGCAUUUUCCUCUCAUUUUAUUUAUCUAACCACAUUUUUUAAUCAUUAAGAAUAUUUUCUAUUUGUUAUUGUUUUUUUGUAUAGGAAACAUUUCUUCCUUUUUAAAGAUCCCCCCCUUUAAUUUGUCGUGAAAAAACAUUGUGCCAGGCCAGAUUUUAUUUGUUUGUCUCGAAAAGACUGAACAAUUUAUUUCUUCUUGUGUCCUUCUGAUUCUACCAAUAUAUAUAUAUAUUUCUUGUCAAAUUUAAAUGCAAAGAAGGGACUAUUUUUAUUUUGAAUUUAUAGAUGGGUUUCUGUUAAACACAUUCAUGUGAUCCUGCCACAUUUUUUUCUUUUAGAUAAAAAAUUAAGAGAAGUUAAAGGUUUACCUUUCCUUAAAAAUAUUAAAAUAUGAUUGACAAACCACAAGUAUUCUGUAGUUUUACUAUAAUGUCUGUUUUAUUAUUUGAUUAACUCAAGGGGCCUUUUCAUGAAACCGUUAAAUGAUUGCCCACCAGAGGGAGCACCUUACCCCACUUUACUACAGGUGUUUACUGUGCAUAAAUACAGUGUACUUUCAGUGAAUCUCCUAAAGGAAAAAAAAAAAAGGGUGCCGGUUCUAAACGUGUGUUUUCCUCAAUGAAGGCACAUGCAAGCCUUUAAUUAAAUAACAGAAUAUUAUCAAAAACAAACUUCUGUAAUUUGAUUAAUAGUGAAACUUAACGUUUUUUAGAUUCAUUACAGAGAGCACAGCUAAUAAAAACUCUAAAAUCAGUCCUGCAGAAAAAUUAUUUUUAAGAAGGGAAAGUUUAGCUAUGGAAGGUUGUUCAGCAGAUAGUCUAAGGACGUCUAUAAGGAGAUUAAAGGACAACAUAAUAAUGGAAGUUAAGUGGAAAACUUUGAAAUGUUGUAAUACCUGUCAUUUGCUGCAUUAUUGGUUUUAAUCUGAUCAUCUAGUAAACAUAGCAAAAGGGGACACCCCCUGAACAAUUUGUUAUUGAUCGUCAAGGUUUGGCUAUGGCUGAAAUAAAAAUUUU